UACGAAAACUCUGCAGAAAUCCUCUUCCGUUCAUUCAUGAUGAUUAUACUCUCCGAAAUCGGCGACAAAACCUUCUUUAUCUCCGCCAUCCUCUCCAUGCGACAUGCCCGCCUCGUUGUCUUCCUAGGCGCCUUCACAUCCCUUUUGCUCAUGAGCAUGCUCUCAGCGUCCUUGGGUCAUAUCCUACCUACGCUUUUACCCAAGAAAUGGACUCAGGUCAUGGCUGGCGUUUUAUUUUUGGUGUUUGGGAGUAAGAUGGUGAUGGAAGCGAAGGAGAUGGAAGGGAGUGGCGAGGCCGAAGAGGAGAUGAAGGAAGCGGAGGAAGAAAUUGAAGGGGAUGAAUUUGAGGGUGGGAUUCCGCUUGAACGACUUGAGGAAGUCGCCUUCGUCGCCGAACACGAGUUGGGGUUCGAGCAUUACAGAAGGCGUGAGGAAUUUUUGCAGUCUUGUGCUCGGACCCGUUUUCGUGCAGGCCUUCGUGCUUACUUUCUUGCAAAGAAAUCAUAUGAUGUAUAG